AUGAGUGACAAAUAUCCAGCAUUGGAAACAGAGAUUGACGACGAUAUUCAAGCCAGCGAAGAUGUUGGCGGAUCGGACUUCCUUUCUAGGGAGAAGGAACUUUUAGGUGAUGAAUUUCAAACCGAACAAGACAAGGAAGUCCUUAAAGAAUCUGAAGAUGAAGAUUUCACUGAAUUCCAGGAACAAUUCCCAGAAGUUGGCGGAACUCAUCAAGUUGUUCAAGAAGAAGAAGAUGAUGAUGAAGGAAAUGUUCAAGAACAACAAGAUGCUUAUACUUCAAGUGCCAGUCAACUCGAGGGUGAAUCUCCACAUAUUGCCGAAUGGAAGGCACGUCGUGAAUUAGAAAUAGAAGAAAGAGAGAAAGCCAAUGCCUUAAAGAAGAAAGACAUUAUUGCUAAAGCUCAAACAUCUAUUGAUGAUUUCUAUGAGAAUUAUAAUACCAAGAAAGAUGAAUCAUCAGCUGAAGUUCAAAAGGAACAAGAAGCAUUCUUGGAAAAGAAGGCAGGGUUUUUGAAAAGAGGCACUUUAUGGGAUAGAGUUGGUGAAUUGAUUUCUGAAGUUGGAGAUGUUCCCGAAGAUGAUGAAAGAGAUAAAUCAAGAUUAAAGGGUUUAUUAGAGAAAUUAAAGGAUAAAGAAAAUGCUCCUGGAGCAAAUGGAUAUUAA